CUCUCAUUUCACCAUCAUCAACCUCACAACAUAAAACCAUUUCUCAAAAUCAUCACUCUCUCUCUCUCUAAUGGCGUCUCCUAAAUCCUCAACAAGACCCACCCAGCAAAACCAAGAACCCACUUUCCACGACUUCUUCCCGGCGAUGGCAGGAAAACUCGGAGGAGAAGGUCUCAUCGACGAGCUCUGCAAAGGGUUCGAGCUACUCGUGGACAGAGAGAGAGGUGUCAUCACUUUCGAGAGCUUGCGGCGAAACGCAUCGGCGGUUCUUGGGCUCGGUGACUUGACGGACGACGAUGUGAAGUGUAUGAUCAACGAAGGGGAUUUCGAUCGAGACGGUGCGUUGAAUCAGAUGGAGUUUUGCGUGCUCAUGUUUAGGCUUAGCCCUGAGUUGAUGGAGGCGUCACGGUGUGUUGUCACUGAAGCGAUAGAGGAGGAGUUUGGUGAUCGAAGGCACAGGCGUUGAUGAUAGAAAGCUUCUUUCUCUAUGAGAGACUUUGACUUAUUUGUUUUUAGUUUUUUACUAUUUUAAAUUUUUUUAACCGAUUCUUCUUUUAUGUUCUUUCCUAUGUUCUCUUUGAUUUCCUUUUGCAGUUCGUAUAAAUUGUUGGAUAUAUUAUAAUAAAACUGAUAUGGAAAAUCUUUGACAACAAAA